CUGGCGCCUGAGCCCUUAGCAUUUCUGAAAUAAGUCAAAAUUGCUGUUUGAGCUCCGGCACUUCCCGAACCUUCGACCACCGGUUUUCUCCUUCCGUUCCCUCUGAAGUGUUUUAUCUGGGGUGCAAAUAUUGUAUUUUGGGUACUGGUGAGGCGCUGGAAGGUUUAUAUGGACUCCUAGUUGUUUGGUUAGGUUGUUCCCAGAUACGUUAGAUUAAAUGUAGUCGUUUUCUAAUGCACUUGACCAGAAAGCUUGCUUUGAAGUUUUAUUAUCUGGAUUUUUGAUGGACUGCAAUAAAGAAGAGGCCUUACGGGCCAAGGUAAUUGCUGAAAAGAAGAUGGAAAGUAAAGAUUUCAUUGGGGCUCGUAAAAUUGCUCUUAAAGCUCAGCAACUAUAUCCUGAUCUGGAGAACAUAACUCAAAUGCUUAUUAUAUGUGAUGUGCAUUGCUCUGCGGAGCAGAAAUUGUUUGGGAAUGAGAUGGACUGGUAUGGAAUUCUUCAAGUUGGGCGGUCAGCUGAUGAGGCAAUGAUAAAGAAACAAUACAGGAAGUUUGCCCUCCAACUUCAUCCUGACAAGAACAAGUUUUCCGGUGCAGAAGCUGCAUUUAAACUAAUUGGGGAAGCCCAAAGGGUACUUUUGGACAAAAAUAAACGGGCUAUACUUGACAUGAAGUACAAAGUUCCUAUGAACAGAACUACAAAGCCAUAUCAUCCACCACAGAAGUUUCAUACAAAUGUGAGUGCUGGGGUGCAAAACAAUGUCAGGGCGAAUUUUCCCAACAUGAAUCCUCAGAAGCAGCAACAGCCUAGGCAGUCUACACAGCAGGGACCCAAUGGUAGCCGCCCUACAUUUUGGACUGCUUGCCCAUUUUGUAAUAGUAGAUAUGAGUUUCACUUUGAAGCUGUGAAUAGAUCUGUUUCCUGUCACACUUGUCAUAGGCCCUUUAUUGCAUAUCUGCUUGGUACAUCAGUAGCAGCUAAUUCAAGUCGUCAAGCUUUUGGGCAACAAAAAGAUGGUUUAAAUCAUGGUGCUGAUGUUGGGUCCCAGGGUAUGAAUACUGGGAACGUCAAUACAAAGCCUUCUGUGAAAAAAGGCCCGAACAUCCCUGAUAAACCAAAUAGAAAGAGAAAGAGGAAGAGGGUAGCAGACUUUAGCGAAAGUGCUGAUUCCGCAGACAGCAAUGAUUCUGAAGAUGAUAUGGCUGUUGACAAGGAUGGUGCUCGUGGUGAACAAGGAGGCCGAGAACAGCAUCGACGUAGAUCUACAAGGUCUAAGCCUCAGGUUGUAUAUAAUGAGAAUGGAAGUGAUGAUGAUGAUGACCUAAAUCCCUCAAUGGGGGCCAAGGGAAGUGGCUCAUGUGGUGCGGAAGAAGACAAUGGGGAGACAGCUAAAAUGAAUAACCGUAAUGGCUCAGCUGCUGACCUGAAAGAUGAUCAGAAAGAGGUGAAACAAGAGAGCUUACACAAGAGAAAUGAGGAAACUCUGGACAAGAGGGGAAAAGAGGCAAACCAGUGCUCAAAUGGGACAGGGGAAGCAGCAGAAGAUCCAACCUUUUUUGUCUAUCCUGAUGCAGAGUUCAGUGACUUUGAAAAGGACAAGAAAGAAGGUAGUUUUGCGAAUGGACAGAUUUGGGCUAUAUAUGACACAAUUGAUGGCAUGCCGAGAUUCUAUGCUUUGAUCAGGAAAGUCCUCUCUCCCGGAUUCAAGCUGCGAAUAACAUGGUUUGAAGCAGAGCCAGAUGAUGAAAAUGAAAUCAACUGGGUAGAAAAUAACCUGCCAGUUGCUUGUGGGAAGUAUGUGCUUGGCAACACUGAAAUUACUGAAGAUCGUCUUAUGUUCUCACAUCUGAUUUUGUGUGAAAAGAUUGGCCGUAGUACUUUUAAAGUUUAUCCUAGGAAGGGUGAGAUUUGGGCUCUGUUUAAAAAUUGGGAUAUCAAAUGGUACACUGAUGUGGAAUCUCAUCAAAAGUAUGAAUUUGACUUUGUUGAAGUUUUGUCGGAUUACGUUGAAGGAGGGGAGGUAUCUGUUGCAUACUUGGAGAAGAUGAAAGGUUUUGUGAGCCUCUUCACUCGAGCUAACAAGAACGGUGAAGAUUCAUUUCAAAUUCCAUCGGUGGAGUUAUUUAGAUUCUCUCAUAGGAUUCCUUCAUUUAAAAUGACUGGUCAGGAAAGAGUAGGUGUCCCUAAAGGAUCUUUUGAACUUGAUCCUGCAUCUUUGCCGGAAAAUCUUGAAUAGAUUGCUGUUUAUGGAAGGAUUUGAAAGUCAAGGUUGUUAGUGAUACGGAGCAUAUAGGAAGUUAAGGUUCUAUUCAUUUUGCUGCGAGAUGAUAAGAGCUAGGCCAGGAGAGAGGAUGCAGGUGAAAGUUUAACCAACCAUACAUCCUUGUACUUCCUAGAAGUAAUCAUAUUUUAUGGCUUUUUUUAAACCCUCCCCCCUCCCCCCAAAAAAAAAAACAGAGAGAGAUAACUUUGUGGGUUGUAAGACGAGGACGUGCCUAUGGCGUUUGACUUUUUGAGCAAUGAAGAAAAGUUGUCUCUGUUUUCAUCUUUCUUCUAUUUGUUUUCAAUACGUGAGGCUCGGAUGUUGUAGAAAUGGAGAUGAAGUACAAACCCCCUCGUUAUA